GGAGGGGUGAGGAGCUUCCAGAGGGGUCGUUCCCUCGCCCCCCGGCUCACUGUCCUCUCCCCCCGGCGGGACUCCAUCUUUCAGCACGAGCGUCUGAUCCUGGAGCUGGAGGAGGAGAGAGGUUGGAGGCUCCAGAGCGAGAAGCGACUGUGGCAGGUGACGCUGGAGGCGGAACGGGGCCGGGCGCAGAUCCGGGGACUCCAGGAGCAGUUUGCCAGGAUGGAAGGAACCGUGAGGAGUCUUCUGGACCAGCUGGAGCCGGCGGGUUGGAGGAGAGGAGCCCCCUUGGAGACCCUCGCCCUGCAGGACAAAGAGCGGGAUGUCUUUAUCCUAAAAGAGCAGACGCGGAAGAAAAAUCUGGAAGAUUUGGAGGCGGGAGUGUUCGAAGCUCCAGAGAAUGAAGGCAAAAACGACUCUGGAGAAAAUGAAAAGACCACAUUAAUGCUGAGCCGACUGAAAGCUUUGGAGGCGGAGAAUCUGGCCUUAGCUUUGGAAAACGAGAAUCAGAGGGAGCAAUAUGAGAGGUGUCUGGAUGAGGUGGCCAACCAGGUGGUCCAAGCCCUGCUGACCCAAAAGGAUCUGAGGAAGAAAUGUGUCAAGCUGAAAGCCAGGGUGUCGCAUCUGGAAGAACAGAAUCGGGCGUUGAGCGUGCUUCUGCAGCAGAGAAUCAGGCCUGCCUGUGAUCUCCUCCUGCAGGAAUGCCUGCUGAGCACCGCGUGCCGACUCCCCGCCUCGACGACGCCGGGUCCGUGGCGCUCGGCCGGGCUCGGCCGGGGGCCCCCACGCAGCAGUUGCAACGAUUGCAGCAGCUGCAGCGAGCCGUCCCCGUCCGGUUCCUGCAACGAACUCUCCAGCGGAUCCUCCCGCCCGGGCGACGGCGCCGGACCCGCUGGCAAACGGGACGAGGCGACCAGUCCCGGAUUCACGACCCGGGAAAAGCGCAUCCUGGAGGGGCUGCGGAGACUGCAGAGACCUCGGCCCCUUCCGCUGCCCCGUCCGCCCGGCCCCCCGCCGGAUGGCGGGGUCUCCAAUGAGGGCAUCUACUCGCCGGGGCCUGGGGCGCCCGGCCACCGCCGGGCCACCGCCUUCCCCUGGGACCCCCACGGCCUCGACCCCUCGGAGUGGCCCGUACGGCUCCCCGGCGUCCUCGGUGGGGCACCCGAGGGGAGGGACGGUGCCCCUGAAAGGCCGGAGAGGAUGGAGAGGCCGGAGAGGCCGGGCGUCCCCGCCGCGCCCUUCUGGCCGGCCGAGGGCACCGGGCCGGAAACGUUCAGCUUCCCGGGGCGGCGGGAGAGCACGCGGCGGGCACGUGGCGGGCGACGCCGCACGACGCCGGGCGACGCCGAGGGCGGCGGGGGCCUCCAACCGGGCGCAAACACGAAGGCGGCGGGGGGCGUCGUCUCCGGAAGGGCGGCCGAAGCCCCCCCGGCACCACCGUGGCCACGCGCUGCCGGCAUCCCCCUCCUCACUCGGGGAGGCGCUGGGCCGAGGGCCGGGCCCGGCGGAGGCUCGGGGCCCCCCGGAGACGAGGCCCAGGUCAGAGGUCAGGGAGACCCCACCGCCUCCCCUCAAGACCCCCGGACCUCCGCACCGACCUCGGGACCGGAAGACGGGGGCCGGAAGGGAAGCACGACCACCAUCCGGGCCCGGAGGAGCCCGUCCCCACAGGGGCAGGAAGCCGAGGAGCCGACUACGGGGGCGUCCUCGGGCUCGUCUCCAGACGCUGGGAUCUCGGGGCGGUGGGGGACACCGGGGCCGGGACCGGAGGCCCCCCCCGAGGGUCCAAAACCCCCUCGUCCCGGGUUAGAGCCCCCCAGCCGGACCGCCAGGGCUCAGAUCUCCAAGAUCCAAGUCCCCGGGCCGUCCCUCCGACCGAGCCUGACGGGAGAGACCAGGCCCGGGGGGCUCGCUAAGGCCCGGUCCCCGUCGCCCCAAGCGGCCCCGCGGCCUACGCGGUCGGACCCGCCCGUGGACCCGGCCGGAGAAACCCUCGCCCGGGCCUUCCCGACAGCCCCAGUGGCCGACGUGCUUCCCCCGGGCCCGGGGGGCAAGACGGCUACGGAGCCCGGAGGUCUUCACCCUCCGCCCCCGAGCUGCCCCGGGCGAGUCCUCCCACCUCCCCAGGAAGCUCCCACACCGAGGGUGCCCCCCGGCCGUGAUGUCCGGCCCCCUGACCCGGGACCCCCAGACUCCCCGGGAGUUUCGUCCGCCCGAGGCCCGGACGCAAAGGCCGGGCCCGGCCCCCUGCGUUCCAGUCGGCCGGUGCCCCCUUCACCGGGCAGCCCCUGGGAUCACGGGCCCGGCCCUCAGGUCUCCCCGCGCCGGGCCCCGGGGCGACAGGGCCAGGGGAAAUGCCCCCCGCCACUCCGGCCCGGGCCCGACAAGAGGGAGAAGGACACGGUCAACGCCGUGGCCCGCACCGAAGCCUCCGCCGGCCGGACCCCGCACCGUGAGGGGGCCGCCCGUCCCGCCCGCGGCCCCCCGCCCGGACCCGUGAGCCCGGACCCGGAGCCUCCCCUUCGCUCCCGUGGGACCGGGUGGGCGCAGAGGCCCCCGAGGCCCGCCCUGGGCACCCACGCGGCCAAGGCCCGCGGCCAAGGCCGCGCCGCCCGCCCGGACGACCGGACGGACCCCGCGGGCCCCGGCCGAUCCCGCACCCAGAUCAUCACCAGCGCCGCCGACCGCUGGGACACCCUCCCCGGGCCCGGCCGUGACCCCGGGACCCCCAAACUCCCCACGGAAGGCCGGGACCCGUCGCCCCCCGACUGGGCCGUCCCGGGAAGGCCCAACAGCCCACGUGGGCGGCCUUCCCGGGAGCCUGGGCCUCGCCCAGGGUCCGGCCCCGAGGCCCCCCGCUCUCCCCCGGCAGGUCGGGGAGAAGCCGGGGGACGCCCCCGUCAACCGGACCCGCCCCCGCCGCACCGGGGCCCGGAGGGUCCACCGCCCCCAGGAGCGGGCCCUGCCCCGUCGAUGGAAGAGCGGGUCAUGCGGGGCAUCAGGGAGAACCCGGACCCCCCGCCGCCGGGCCGGGCCGGGCCCAGGGCCGCCCCGUCCAUCGCCGGCUGGUUCGGCUUCCGGAGGAGCAGGCUGCCGGGCCUCGGAGGCCGCGGGCCCCGGCCCGCCCGACGCGAGGAGGACGAGGCGGGCCUUCCCGGCCGGAGGCCGAAACCGGAGCGGAGCGGAGCCGGGAAGGGCCCGGAGCGGGAGGACGAGGCCGGACGGGACGAGGAGGUCCGGGACCACGGGGGAGGGGACUUGGGGGCCACAAAAUGGCUAGUAACGGCUCCCGCCCCUCCCGGGCCCGGGACGGGCCUGCCAGCCAGACCCCCUUCUACGACCAAAGACGCCUUCCUCAAGGAACUUCUCAACAGAGUGGAUAGGAAAGCCGGCCUGCGGACGGAGAGCGGAUCGAGAGAUGUUUCCUUCGGGGGGUCCUCGGGGCCCGGACCCCAACCCUUCCCCAGGCCCAGCCGAUGUCUCGGACCUUCGGGGAGCCCCGGGGAAGACGGCAACGAGAAGUCCGGACUGGAAAUGCCGUUGGAGGCCCGGACCAGAACGGCCAUCGACAAGCGGCCCGAGCUCGCGGAGGACACGAGCCCCGACCCCGUGUGUCAAACCGGCCUCCCCGGGACCGGCGCCCAGACGAGGACCCUCGACAGCGGCAUCGGCACCAUCCCCGCGGCGGCCUCGGGCCCCCGGGCCCGGGGACGGACCCCCGGCUCGCCCGUCCGGCCCGGGACGCCGGAGCGGGAAGCGGCGGCCUCGUCCGAGGAGGGCCCGGCCGGACGUCCGGAGACCGUCGAGGCCCGGCCUCCGGCCGGCCCGGCCGGGGCCCCCGGGGGCCGCUGGACGGGGCUGCCGAAACCGGCCCCCUCAGGUGAGACCCUCCCCAACGACCCCGACCCCGCCACCGGACCGGGGGGUGGCGGGAAGGGGACCCCGGGGAUCCGGCCCGGCCCCGCGGGACGGCACUUCGGUCCGAAUCCAUCAUCCUAA